AUGCCACCCAUCGAACUGCACUCGCUCGAGUCCUUCAGCGGGUGGCUGCAUGACAACUUUGUUGAUGCGGUGCCAUUCGGUCUGUCUCUGCGAUUGCGGCCGCUUUCCACGUCAUCCAGCGCCGCGCCGUCUAGGAGUACCGUAUUGGUGCGUCCACAUGUCGGCCACGUACUGCUGUCCUUGCUAGCGCGUGAUAGUCCCGAGUUGUUGACGGAUGGGGCGAAGGAUAGCGGUGCGGCAUCGAGCUGUUUCGAAGAUGCGACGCCAGGGAGGGAAGCACUGUCGGGGCAUGCAACCUCCGUCAACACGAACUCACCUUUGUUCAACAGCGGUCCACAUUUCUACCCCCUCCUGAUGCAGAUUUUACUGCAACUUACACGCAGCGAUGACGAGGGCAGACCAGUCUCUUCCUCCACCUCCUCCUUCUCCCCAACGUCCGAACUUGGCGCGGCAGCAGCCGUGGACGGCGUAGGGCGUAAGCUGAAUCUCUUUGCCGUUCUUUUACGGCAUUGCGCGCAGUGGUGGAUGCCGAAAGAUGAAGCGGACCGCAGCAGCUCAGCGAGCAGCCGACUACACCAUCUGCGAGGUACAGCUCCUCGGCCUUUUCUCUUUUUUGAAAGCUCCGCCGUUGCCGUACCUUCGCCUGUGGAGUGCACAUCGCAGCUGCCCAACGCGCAACGCUUGCUUCUACGUGUGCUUCGUCGUCUCAGCCAGUGCGGUGGAUGGCAUCUGCGUCUGGCUCCGCCGAAGAGCGGAGCGACGAACGAAGGCGAGGACUGGCUUGAUUACGUGGUACAACAAGCGGUAGACUGCGACCUGCGACCCUACGGUGACUACCGUAGCAUCCUCCAUAGCGGUUCCUUCACUGCAUCGUCCUCUUGCUCAGCGUCCACCUCAGGAAAUAAUGGUAAUACCAAUAGCGUGCUGGGCGAACCGUCGCCUUCAGAACCUGUGGUAUCCGUUGAGACGAUGCGUGCGGUGCUGUGGCACAUUCUCGCAACGGAGGUGGAAGGCGACGUACUCGCGGUUCUGCAUCGACUUGCGGUGGAAUUUCUCUGUGGUGCGACAGCAAUGGGAGGGGAGGCGGCAACACUAAACGCUACGCGCGCCAAAGUUGUACCCCUGUCGUGCGUGCGCUUUGCGCUGCGCCGCCUGUUGCGAACUCCCGAGCGCGCCUUUACCUGCUGCCCCACGACGUCUUCCGCGCUGUUGCCACCAGUGUCGGGGCCGAUCGCCUUUUCACGUGUUCUUCCUCGUGCGAUUUGUAUCCUCCCCUUUGCAGACGAGCAUGCCGGACCGGCAGGUGGUGACGCGACGUCGCCGACGAGGACCUCUCGCUUUUUUCUUCACGGAGUUCGGACAACGACGGCAGAUGGUGCCGCUCACCGUGCUGUGCGACGCGUGCUUCUUCUGCGUGUGGAUCCGGAGGGGUGUUGGUUGCCCGCCGCAGAGGAACUGGCCAGCCAGCGCAGUUUUCACGCGUCGUUUCAGAGCCAGGGAGAGAGGGACGGGCCGAGAGCCACGGCGUUGCCGUCAGAAGAUCGGGGCGGUGUGUGCGAAGAGGCGGAUUCGGACGACUUUGCACUACGGGAAGCGCAAUCUUCCGGCAGGCGCGACGUCAACAACGUUGAUGUUGCUCAAGCCAAGGACGCGGCUCCGCGUUCUUCUACGCAAAGUGGCAUCGAGUCCUCUGCUGCCGAAGACGCCACCAUUUCUUUUCUCACCUCGCACGUUCUACGUCAGACCCCUUUUGUACAGAGCAUGGCGUCUGCCAGCGCGAAGGAUCAGCUUAUGUGGGGCGCCACCGUUCGUCUUUACCUUUACGCACUCCUGCACGAGGUGCGCGUGAUCCUCACCCCCGAGAGGCUCCCUGCUCUCACAAAAGUGUUUGGUUACCGCCACCUUUCGCAGUUGCAUCAAGCAUUGUGCGACUUAAGAAAGAAGCGGGGUCGGGAGACGGCGCCAUCGGGUGCGUAUAACACCUUGGAUACUGCUGUUACUACACUUCUCGCAGCGGCGUGUGCCCAUGAGCCGCCUGUGGCCAUUUACGCGGUAGAUCAGCUCGACCUUCAGGCCUUCACACAACUGCAAGGAGAGGCUGGUCAGCACACGCAGGAUGGCAACGAGAGAUCGCGCCGCUCCCUUCUUCCUGUCGUGCUUUGUCGCGAUGUUCUGCGCAGCCUCAGCUCACAGUCAUUGGCGCCUUCCGCUGCUGCGACGCCAAGUCUAGUAUCUGGUCAAGGCAGCCGAUCCGCUUCCCUUCCGCAAGGCGUGUUUGCUGUCACCCACUGCUGCGUCCUUGACGAGGAAGUUGUUUGUCGCGCCUGGGCACGACACCCGUCUGUCGGCGACGCCGAUGCGCUGAUGGAGGCGUGCGCCGGCGCGGAGCGGCUCUUUCUGCCGCGCAAACGGGAUUUGUGUCUUCUCGCCUUCACACCCCUUUCGGAAGCGGCCUUCACGAACGCGAACUCCACAUUAAGCAACGACGCGCAGGAGCUGGAGCUGCGCUGCCCCUCGAUCUUGCUGGUGGCUCCCACCCACGUGCACGCCACGUAUUACGUCGGUCUGCUCCGCAAGGCGGGCCUAGCUCUGUCGGACGCGUUGCCCGAUUUGCCCACACGUAGUGGCGAUCGCAGCGCACGUCAAGAGACAUCUGGGCUUCCCGGCGAGUCUCUACGCGGGGUAGUACGCGGAGGAGGUGGCUUCUACAUAGCCGUAGCGAAGCAGUUGCGACUUUUACUGCUGCGUCUUCAAGGGGCGUCUCUCACCGCUUCGUCCAUUUCGCGAAGUCACGUGGUCGGAUUUGGCGACGAUGUGCCUCUGCGAGAACGCCGGUGGGUGUGCUAUGUGUUGUAUCUGCUGGCGGAGGCGUGCGGUGCGGUGGCGACACAGCACGCAGAGCCGGUGAUUGCGGGGGAGGGCGAGAGACAGAACGAAGCGAACACUGCAUCACGUGCGUGGACGUGUGGACCGCGGACACGGCGCCGACUUUGGCUGGAGGUGCUCCGUGGGACGGUAGAGUCUUGCGCACCCUCUUCCUUCGCCACCUCCGCAGCGAAGCCCUCCACACUGCCUGCCUUGCACGUUAGACACGCUGGAAUGACCAGCUCUUUUGCAGGUCCUCGUUGUCUUCCGACGUCAAGCCGUGGCGGGAAGUCGGAGGAGGAAAAGCCUUCAACACCGUAUGAAGUCGCCAUGCGCUUGUUUGUCUCGCAGCCGCCUUCGCAGCGAUACGACGACGAAGGGGAGGUGGCGAAAGGAGAGGAGCUGCCGCUUUUUGAGCCGCUCCGCGCUAACCUGCGCGCUGUGCGAGAGGCGCUCUCCCUUCUCGUGUUCACGUUGUCUGCUACCGUAUGA